AGUAUUUGCAUACAUCUCGCAGCAUCAAGAUGGCAAUAAGUUUGACGCUAUUUCCUCACAAGUUUCUUCCAAAGGUUCGACUAAACUUAGUUCUAGCGCUUUUUGGACUGCUUGUAGGCGGCAUAAUCCUUACCUACACAUACCAACGAGACGUGGAAAAGGAGACGACAUAUUUCAUAUGGAAACAAGCGAAGCUACAGUCCAUUAGUAAAAAUGUUCCCAGACCGCUCAAAGAUGUGUUGCUGACGGAACCUAAACCAAAACCCGGACGUACUAUAUUUUUUCUCGAGACUUCGCGCACUGUCAGGCCAAAACCUGAGAUGAUAAACAACAUGUUACAGCUGACGGCGCGUCAGGCUUGCGCAAUUGAGUCAGCGGCGUUGCAUAAUCCCAAUUUCGAGGUGUUUGUCCUGUUCGCUGGUCCCACCUAUCGUUACCACGAGAACAGCAGCCAGCACCAGCAGCCUAUCAUCGAUGCAAUUCUAAGCUAUAAAAAUGUGCAGCUUCGUCAAUUAAAUCUUAGACGUUAUGUGACCGGUACACCUAUUGAGGAUUGGGUAAAAUAUGGGGAACUGUUUAGCUCCAGAUUUCCGAUUCAUCACGUAUCUGAUCUACUGCGGCUGAUAACCCUUUAUCGUUAUGGUGGCAUCUAUUUGGACAUGGACGUGGUGCUAUUGCGUAGCAUGGAGGAUGUGCCCCUGAACUAUGCCGGUGUCGAGUCUUUUACUCACGUUGCCAAUGGGGUCUUAAGCAUGGCGCCAACUGGUUUUGGGCAUAAGUUUGCUGAAUCUUGUCUACUUGAUUUUCAACAGCAAUUCGAUGGUGAUGCCUGGGGUCACAAUGGACCUGGUGUCAUCACACGCGUAGCACAGAGGAUAUGCGGCACCGCGAAUAUCUCACUGUUGUUGGAGGAUCGCACACGUUGUCAGGGUUUCAAUGUGUUCAAUCAUACUGCGUUUUAUGCAGUUUCCUAUAGAAAUUGGCGCCACUUCUUUCAGCCGCAAUAUUUGCAGCAGACGCUUGCACGCACCAAGGACUCAUACUUAGUGCACGUGUGGAAUCAGAUCUCCAAAUUAUUUCACAUAAAAGUCGGCUCGCGAACUGCCUAUGGCAUGUAUGCAGAAAAAAAUUGUCCUCGGGCGUAUGCUGCAGCGGGUAAAUAUUUGUAGGGAGAUUUUUUUUUAACAGCUUAAGAGAAAUUUGUAAACAAUUAAAGUGCGAUUUUUUCCAGCGAAAUACAAAAGCUGAUCCAUAAA